GGAAAAGACUGCGUGUCUGAGGAAGGACAACACCAUCCGCACUUGAGAGAGAUGAGGUUGUGGCCUUAAGAACUCGAGGUGUAAUAAUCAUUGAUUGAGCAGCGGCUAUGGCGUGCUUGCAUCAAUCUAUGGCAGCAACCAUGAGCAUGUCCAUGUUUGUCUCCCCAAUUCCUGCCUACUCCCUUCACAGUCAUUCCAUAAGUGCAUCGAAACACUUAGCGUCGGUUUUCUUCUCGCCGUUAUCGCUCGGUAGAGUCCCCAAAUCGGGACACACAGUGAAGGCAUCGCCAUUGCGAGUGAAGGCGCAGCAAUCACCAGAUGCGGAAGUGGAGGACGUCGGAACAGCGGGCGUGGCUGCCAUUGCCGGAGGUUUGGUUGCGAAUCCAGUGGUCACGUGGUCGCUGUACACUCUGAAAACCACUGGGUGUGGAUUGCCGCCGGGUCCCGGAGGCGCUCUUGGAGCCAUUGAAGGUGUGAGCUACCUCGUCAUCGUCGGGACAAUUGGCUGGUCUGCGUACACGAAGGUGAAAACAGGGUCGGGGCUUCCGUCGGGACCGUAUGGGCUUCUGGGUGCGGUGGAAGGGCUAUCCUAUCUCAGUCUCCUCGCCAUUCUAGUUGUGUUUGGCUUGCAGUAUCUCGACCUGGGCUUCAUCCCCGGUCCCGUGCCCAGCGAUAUGUGCUUCGGUACGCCACCGUGAAGGUGUUUGGAUUGACGGCAUUAAUUCUCACGUCGUGUUUUUGCCAAAUCCCUAAAACCAGUUGGUGUGUGCUCUUUGGUCGAUUUCAAAGCUGAAAAUCUAUGUACCAUACGUUGUUGUAGCGCAUUUGUUUUGUAAGUAAACUGUAUUCUUUCCUCGCA